UCUGCUCCUCACUCUCCUCUCUGUCUCCUUCAGCAGCAGCAGGAACGCAGCAUCCAUCAUGACCUUUGUGUCCCGCUCCGUCCGCUCCUCCAGCGGCUUCGGGGGAGAUGGAGGUUUCUACUCCAUGAGGGCCGGCAGCGUGUACGGAGGAGCCGGGGGCUCAGGGGUUCGGAUCUCCUCUGCCUCCUCGCUGGGUAGUGGAAGGUCCUCCAUGGGUGGAGGUGGAGGCUUCUUCUCUAUGGGCAGCGGUGGUGGAGGAGGCUUCUCCUCCCAGAUGAGCUUCAGCGCAUCCGGCAUGGAGGACAACUUGGUUGGGAACGAGAAGUUCACCAUGCAGAACCUGAACGAUCGCCUCGCCACCUACCUGGACAAGGUGCGCAAGCUGGAGAAGGCCAACGCUGAGCUGGAGCAGAAGAUCAGGGGGUUUGUGGAGAGCAAGGUGGGGCCCUCUGCCCGGGACUACAGCGGCUCCUUCACCUCCAUCAGCGAGAUAACAGAGAAGAUCCAGGAGGCCUUCAGGGUGAAUGGAGCCGUCAACCUGAGCAUCGAGAACGCUCGCUUGGCAGCAGAUGACUUCAGGAUCAAGUAUGAAACGGAGUUGGCCAUGCGUCAGUCGGUGGAGGCCGAUAUUGCCGGGCUCAGGAGGCUGAUGGACGAGCUGACUCUGUCCAAGUCGGACCUGGAGAUGCAGAUCGAGGGUCUGAAAGAGGAGCUGAUCUACCUGAAGAAAAACCACGAGGAGGAGCUGGUUUCCACCAAAGCCCAGAUGAGCGGGCAGGUCCAUGUGGAGGUGGACGCCGCCCCGGCCCAGGACCUCACCAAGGUCAUAGAGGAGAUCAGGGAGCACUACGAGGCCGUGGCUGCCAAGAACCACAAAGAGCUGGAGAACUGGUUUCAGACCAAGACGGAGACGCUGAACAAAGAGGUGGUCUCUCAGUCAACA